AUGGGCAGUGCUGGUCGUCGACAGACCAUGCUACAUCAGAAUCGAACUGCGUUUGAGGAUGCAAUACUGACUAACCUGGAGAAACCCAGCCAUCCCAAGGGCCUUGAGUGGACAGUGGUGGAACCAUCCAGUAACCCCUCAACCCCUGAUCGGACACUGCCCGUCUACUUGUCCUACUUUGACAUGCUGCUAACUGAAGACUGUGCGUGGCUAUCUAAGGGGUUGGUGGAGCAUCCAGAAAUGGACCACAGCUUGAAGACAGAGCAACACAAAGAGCCAGAACAAUGUCCCAUAGUGGACAGUCAGGAGCUUUGUGUGACCACAGAGCUGGACUAUCAGAACGGUGUCCACAUAGAAGAACGAUCCCUAGAACAGGUUCAGACGAUGGUGGUUGGGGAAGUUCUCAAGGAGAUAGAAACAGCCUGUAAGCUACUAAACAUUUCAUCAGACCCAAUGGAGUGGAGUGUAGGAAAUGUCCAGAAAUGGAUUUUAUGGACUGAGCAUCAGUACCGACUGCCACAGAUUGGAAAAUCCUUCCAAGAUCUCAGUGGGAAGGAACUUUGCUCCAUGUCAGAAGAGGAGUUCAGGCAGAGGUCUCCGAUGUGCGGUGAUAUUUUAUAUGCACACCUAGACAUCUGGAAAUCUGCUGCUUGGAUGAAAGAGAAGUCAUCUCCUGGAGAUAACAGAUAUAAUGGCCGUGAUGAGAGAUGGAUAGAUACAGAGGCCGAUUCCUCCUGCUCAGGGCAACCUAUCCACCUGUGGCAAUUUCUGAAGGAACUCUUGCUGAAACCCCACAACUAUGGUCGAUUUAUCCGCUGGCUGAACAAAGAGAAAGGUAUAUUUAAGAUAGAAGACUCUGCACAAGUUGCAAGAUUAUGGGGAAUCCGGAAGAACCGACCUGCAAUGAACUAUGACAAGCUAAGCCGUUCUAUCCGGCAAUAUUACAAAAAAGGGAUCAUCCGGAAGCCUGAUGUUUCACAGCGUUUGGUUUACCAGUUUGUACACCCCGUAUGA